AUGAAUCGUGCAGAUUGGUUCAACGUUUGCAAGAACUUUACAUUAGCAGAUGGGACAUUUUGGCCGAUUCCAAUCACAAUGUCUGUUUCAGAAGAAGAUGCUCGUAAGCUUCGCCGUGGUCAGAAGGUUGCUCUUUCCUACAAUAAAGACGUUCAACCCAUUUCUGGUACAAUUGAUGUAGAUGAAGUCUAUGAAAUGACCAAGAAAGACAAAGAGAUGGAGUGCAAUGACAUCUUCACUACUUUAGACAAAUACCACCCUGGUGUAGAGAAAGUGAUGGAGCAGAAGCCAUUCAAUGUCUCUGGAAAGGUUGUUACAUUAUCUGAGGUGAAUUCUUGA